GAGCAGAGGCUGGCAGGAAGCGAGAACUUCUGUGAGCGGGAACCUUGCUGCCAGAGGAUCUGUUUCCCUGGUGGUGGAAGGGAAGGGUUUGAGAAGGGACUGAGGCAGGCAGAUUGUAAACACAGAGCAGAGAGAAGGAUGGAGAAUGCAGGACACAUAUGUUGCCUGUCCUGGCAGAAUGAGGAGUAAUUGUACAGCAAAGAUCAUCUACUAGGAAUACAUGGCAAAGUGGGUUUUCUGGAGCUCCAGAGGGCCAGGAACUCCAGAUUGCCAUGAACUGGUUACACUGACUAACUUAACCGCAUUCCCAGGAUCUGCGUAAAUAACUUAACACUCAGCAAAAUAACUGUGGAGGAGCAAUUCAUCCCUGGCAUCCUACCGCCUGGAAGUUAAGUAGCACAUCUGAAGUCAAACUCGAUUGCCAACAGCUCUUGCCACCAAAGGCUUUGGUGGCUGUUGUAUUUCUCCUGCCAUAUCUAGGUCAAUGUGGUGCCACAAGCUUUCCUAAAGCAUCUUUAUCCUCUGUGCCUGGACAUUUAUGCAGCAUCUUCCUAAACCGGCACUGACAACUCAGGCCUUCCAGCAACACGAGAAAUGGAAGCGCUAGAAGUUGACGACAUCAGCCCGGCCUUGGAGGUGACUGAAGAUUUCUUCAAUAGUUUUGAUGCUAAGCUGGAAAAGGUGGUGCAGCCCUCCGAGGUGUAUGGGGUGCAGGAGGUUCCCGAGCUGGUAGGACAUGAAGUAUUCAAUCAGAUAACGGACAGCGGAGACCUGAGAAACAUCACUUCCUUAGCUAAAACCAGCCUCAUUUGGGAACGCUGCAGAAACGGCCUCUUGGAAGCCAACGCUCCGAAAGCGUUCCCUGCCAAAGAUCAGUUUCCAGGGCAAAGGGAGACAGCCCCGGAUAAUCUCUCCUGGGUGGAGCAAAGGGAAGCCUCAACAUUUAAUAUUUUUAAUCUCUGUCAGCGGCGGAGAGACAGGCCCCGCUCUGUGAACGAUAUCCAAGUGCAGAACGAGGAAGCCUCCACUUUCAAGCCAGGGCAUAACCGGUCACGCUCGGAUGCAAGCCGCAUAGACUGGGGACUUGUCUUCACAGGUGCAUCUGUGCAGCCGCCGUUGAGUCAGGACACCAAUUGCUCCAGGCUCUCAUGCCUAUCACCCGCACUAAAUAAGGGAGAGGACGUUCAAGGGAACACAGAACUCAAGCUGACAUUCCCAAAUAUUCUGAAGAAGGGAUACCUAGAAAUUAGAAAGGACCAUGACAGCUAUUGGCAGCCCUGCUAUGCAGAGCUCUCUCCUCACAAACUGUACCUGUAUUACCUCGACAGUAGCGGCAACCAGAAUUUUCCUACUGUGUAUCCGCUUUCACAUUUCCAAAGUGUCACUGUCACAGGCAGCACUGAGACAAAGAUGGUGGAUGCCGUUCUGUCGGACAACUCCCAGCUGCAGCUGAAGGCAGAGUCACCGUGGGAGACUUUGGACUGGGGGAAGAAACUUUGGGAGGUGGGGCAUUCCUCUGCGCCAACAUUCAUGAGGCAGCAGGAAGACCUAGAGGACUCACAGAAGCUGGACAACAACAGGGACCUUCCCCAGAUUCAUGGCUUACAAAAGAAGCCUGCUGAGCUUUUCCAGUGUACAGCUUUGAGCCAAAAUACAAAGGAGUACCAAAACAUUCUCAGGUCAGGGACUCUUUAUAGGUUGACAGUCCAGAAUAACUGGAAAGCGUUUACUUUUGUACUAAGCAGAUCUUGUCUCAUGGCAUUUCAGCCUGGGAGUCUCGAUGAAGACCCUCUCCUGAGCUAUAACAUUGACGUGUGCCUGACUGUCCAGACAGAUAUUCUGGAUGACUGUGACUCAUGCUUUCAGGUCAUUUUCCCUCAGGAUGUUCUUCGGCUGCGUGCAGAGACCCGUCAGAGGGCACAGGAGUGGAUGGAGGCCCUGAAAUCUGCUGCCAACGCAGCCAGAAGUUUAGGUCCAAACCUGCAGGUUACUCUCAGAAACAAAGCCAGAGAUCAGCCUCUGGGGAAGGACUUUAGGCAGAGCAAGCGCCAGUCCGUGACCACCAGCUUUCUGAGCAUUCUGACCACGUUGUCUUUGGAAAGAGGACUCACGGCCCAGAGCUUCAAGUGUGCAGGUUGUCAGCGCUCUAUAGGCUUGUCCAAUGGAAAAGCCAAGGUGUGCAGUUACAGCGGAUGGUAUUACUGCAGCACCUGCCAUGUGGACGACAACUUUCUAAUCCCCGCACGACUGGUUCAUAACUGGGACACUUCAAAAUACAAGGUAUCAAAGCAAGCCAAAGAGUUCUUGGAGUAUGUGUACGAGGAGCCGUUGAUUGACAUCCAGCAGGAAAAUCCCAUGUUGUACAGACAUGUUGAGCCACUGGCGACUGUAGUCCGUCUGAGACAGCAGCUGAGAUCUCUCCGAGCCUAUUUGUUCAGCUGCAGAGCAGCAGUGGCAGAAGACCUGCGCAGGAGAAUCUUCCCCAGAGAGUACCUCCUUCAGCAGAUCCACCUGUAUUCCCUGGCAGAUCUACAGCAGGUUAUUGAAGGAAAAUUGGCCCCUUUCUUGGGGAAGGUGAUCAAGUUUGCCACCUCUCAUGUGUACAGCUGCAGCCUUUGUAGCCAAAAGGGCUUCAUCUGCGAGAUUUGUAACAAUGGAGAGAUCCUUUACCCCUUUGAGGAUAUUUCAACAAGCAGGUGCGAAAGCUGUGGCGCUGUCUUCCACUCGGAGUGCAAAGUGAAGUCUGUCCCGUGCCCCAGAUGUGUGCGCAAAGAGCUGCAGAAGAAGCAGAAGUCCUUCUGGAGGAGACUGAAUAUGGACGAGAGCCUGGAAGAGUCUUGCACCAUGUUCGAGCUGUCCUAUCAGCACACAUGACUUCCGUUAGGCCCUGGCUGAUCAGAAGAGAUCGUUUUCUACAGUCACCAGUUCAAGCCGCUUCUCAGCUAGUCAGGCAGCAACCUGAUUGCAAAGCCUUGGCCUGACCCUCAUCCUGAUUAUUGCUUAGCACUGGCCAAAAGGGCCAUGAAACCUGGAUGGCUUUAGAAUAUCAACAGCCAAAUUGCAUUUUGCAGUGAAGUUGAACCACUAGAUCUCAUGCGAAAUGUGGCUUGCUUGAAAUGUUUUCAGUCAAGCCCAUUAAAUGCUCAACCUUUUGUUUUCCACCUCAGGAGAAGAUUUUCCUUAAGGCAGAAAAGAUUUCCUGCCACGACCACAUGGCUGUUAUUUUUGUUGUUCUUCGGUCAGAAACAGUGAAUCAUCGGCUUAUUUAAGUCUAUUAUUUUUAUUAGUCUUGGCUGAGGCUCUGGUGAAAUGUUUUUCAGGAGCCGAGAAAGUAGCAAUGGUACCGUGCCCACCUGCUUCAUCUGACGCAGAUGCAUGGAUCAUUUUUCUAAUGGCUUUGGGCUUUUUUUUGUCCCUCCACCCAAAGAAAAAAGAGCUUUUCAUGUCCGAUUUUAUUCAGGAUGUUUUCAAACGUAAUACCAAGGAGAAUUCCUUUAGGUGUGUGUCUAUAUUUAUAGCCAUCCCAGCAGAAUACUAUAUGAGCAACAGAGGACUAAUUGCUAUUUUUGGCUGGGGUGGCAAUACUAUUCUUGCCCUGUUACUGGAGCAUCAGACCUUCUGCCUGCCGCUGCUGUCUACGCAAGCCUCUGUUAACGGGAUGUUAGUUCAAAUCCCCGGUCCGUUCACAUUCACAGCCAUUUUAAACCACCAGCUCGUUUUGUUUUUUAGCUCACCUUAUAUUAAUGAGCAGUGCUUUAUCUGUAGGGGUGAUAAACAUGCUUCCCUCACGUGAAUCUGCUAGAGCUACAGGAAAAGAUUUCUUCUGCCUUUAAUAUAUAUGUGUGUGUGUGUGUGUGUGUAUAGUGUAUGUGUGCAAAAUUUCCCUAAUCAUGAAACAUAUUUCAUCUUUUUCCUGCAUCCUUCUUGUGCAUUUUGUGUGCUGCACUGGCCCCUGGCAGCAUUAUGCAGGUCCAGAGGGUCUUUAGUACUUCAAUAGGAACUUAGCAGGGGGAAAGGGCAGUUCUUGGAAGUGUGUUCUGCCCCACAUACCUGGAAUACGGGGAAGCAGGAAGCACAGUAAGUCAUGUCUUCUGUGCAAAUAGAAUGUGUGAUCAAUUUGAUUGGGAAAAUGUGUAUAUUUCACCACUGACAAGGUCUUUCACCACCAGUGAGUCUUUGAGAUCGUCUUCACUUGAAUCCAUUAAAUAUCUUGAGUUGUUCUCCGAUCCCUACAGAAGUAUGUAUAUUACAUACAUAUGUACUCGUGUAUAUUUAUAGAAAGCAAGUACAGUGUCAGGAGAAAAGUUCACAGACUUGUGUGCAUGUGUAUUUAUUUAUCGCUCCUCUCUAGCAGGUUUGCUAAAUGGCAGGCCACCAACCUGUGCUUCUUAGAUAAUCGCCUAGCCAGUGAGCUUCUUCCCCUGCCACCACCCCCCGGCCACUCGGGUUUGGCCCAGAUGCCCCUCCAGCAUGAUGGAGGGGUGGCAGGGCCAAAUAUGAGUGAGUGGCUUUGCAACCUGGCCCACAGGGUCACAGCGCCACUGAAAUUAUGACAGAGGGGCAGCUGCCCAGAAAUCAGCUGCCCUGGGCAGCUGCCAACCGUCCCUAUAGCUAGCGUGGUCUCUGUGCCUGGCCUAGAAACCUCAUAUGGUAGCUGUUGUAUUUAAGGGAGCAACCAGAGCCCCUAUCACCAGAAAUUUGCAUUAAUUGCUGGAAUGGUGUAAAUAAAAGAGAAGAGGGUAUAAUACUCGUAGGAAGUGGUUGGCAGGCUAAAAAUGUGUCCUCUCUUCUCUUCAAACACCAGUGUUUCAGUUUUCCAACCUUUGGAGGGUGGGGAGAUAGCUGAACGUGUUGGGGGGUAACUAUGCUUCCACAGUUUUUUGGUUGGUUUUCAUUUUAAUGAAGAUAAUGCUGUCUGGGUGCCCGACCUUGUAGUGAA